AUGACAACCGCUAUCUUUAAACAUAUCGAUGUGUCGGCAGUUCCAGAAGGGACAAAGCCGUGGGUGAAGGUCGACGCCGACGUUAGCUCCUUCAAAUUAGCUGAACAUAAGCGCUCAGUAAAUAAUCUCAGGGGGCAUGAAAGCGACUUUUCUACUGAUAACUCUGGGUUCGCGGUAUACAAGGAACCAGCCAGUGAGAAGGCUUUCAAGGAUGACGCUGCUAUACGUAGUGGAUACUACCAAGAGGUCGAAGAUCUGUUGAAGAAACGGAUACCCGGCAUCAAGAGGGUAGUCAUAUUCGACCACACUAUUCGGAGACGAACGCCCGAAGCGGCCAGAGCCCCAGUUCAGCAAGUCCAUGUCGACCAAACGCCUGCCGCGGCCGAAGUGCGCGUGCGGCGACACCUUCCAGCAGACGAGGCCGAAGAACUCCUAAAGGGUCGGUUUCAAAUCAUCAACGUGUGGCGGCCCAUAGAGAACCCUGCGAGCGACUUUCCUCUGGCUGUCAUCGAUUGGCGUACAACGAAGCUGGAUGAUUUUGUCCCGGUAAAUUUGCUCUAUCCCAAACGCGAGGACUUCGCAACGGACAAUGAUGACAGGGGGAAGGAAGUGCGUCCCGACGAAUCUAAGUUGCACUCGGCAGAGGGAUAUGAAGUACGAGGAGAGACGAUGUCCGUAGCACCAAAUACGGCCCACAAAUUCUACUAUCAGAAGGACAUGACACCGGAUGAGGUGUUGCUGUUGAAGUGCUACGACUCUUGGGGUGAAGGACAGCCACAGGGGAAAGAGGGAAUCGCGGUGAGGACGCCGCAUACGGCUUUCGUUGAUCCUCAAACACCCCAAGACGCACCUGGAAGACAGAGCAUAGAGGUUCGGUGCCUAGUAUUUUAUGACUAG